AUGGAUAGGGUGCGGCGAGGCAGCGUGCUGGGGCAGGUGGGCACUGCACUGGCUGCAUGGAUUGGGGCCACGGCCCUGAUGCCAGGCAGGCACACAGCCAGCAGCACCCUCGACCUGUCAACCCUUCAGGACAGCCUUAUCAACGCCAGCGCCUCACCGUCUGGAUCUCGCGGGCGGUGA